AUGUUCUUUCCCAAGCUCUCCAUUGCCAUCCUGGCUGCCCUGGCCGCCGUGGGCGAGUCUCGCCAUGGCCAGCAUCUGCACCCUAAGUAUCCUCUUGGAACCGGUAGUCAACCCGCAUCAAUUGCUCAUCCAACAACUACUAUCUACUCUUCCAUUACACUGUCUCCCGUUCCUCUCGGGACGGGAGUUCCUAGCGGCCCAGGCCGUGUCUACACGACUGUCACCGACGCCCACGAUGUGACUUUGACCUAUACCCUAGGAACCGGUACCUCCACAUCGGUCGUGACCACUACUAUCCACCGCACUGCCACUGAGACGACCUAUGUGACGAUUACCCCGGGAGGUCAAGCUCCUGGUGGAGAUGAUUCCACAACGACCCUUUCCACCACCUCUACUUCGACCACCACCGUCACUGUUUUGGCUGCAGAGACUACUUCGAGUGGUUCCGGCAGUGGCCCUGGAUCUGGAUCUAAUGGUGAGGGUUGCUCUGGCCAGGCUACUGUCACAGUUACAGAGAGGGAAACCGUCACAGUGACUGCAUCUCAAGGUGUUGCUACAUCAGCUGGCUUUACUACACCCGUUGCACCUAACGCCGUAGUUACGACUACUGCUAAGCCUUCUUCAACAUACACCGAGCCUGAUUGUGAUGAGCCAACAACCACUCCUGACUCGCCUAAGGCCACCGAGACUACAUCCGUGAAGUUACCUCCGGCGCCCAGUACCUCUGGCAGCAAUAACCCAACUAGUGUGCCAUACCCAAUUUCCACAAUUCCGCAGACCACCUACUUGGCUUCUUCUGGUUUCCUGACCAGCAAGAAGCCUCUACCCACCGGCUUUGGUCUUCGUUUCCGCGAUUAG